AUGACCAUACCAACCAAACCCCCCAUCGCCAUAAUCGGCGCUGGACCCAGCGGGCUAACACUCGCCCGCCUCCUCGAAACAGCGAGCAUAAACUAUACAAUCUUCGAGCGCGACCCAUCACCCGAACCAACAGCACGCUUCCAAGGCGGCACUCUAGACCUCCACAAAGAAACAGGCCAAGCAGCACUCCGCCGCGCAGGUCUAACGGCCGAGUUCGAGAAACUCGCCCGACGAAACGCAAUGACGAUGACCAUCCAAGACGCACACGGGAAUCAUCGCUGUGUCUUCAACGAGCCGCGCGAUGCACCCGAGAUUGAUCGCGUCCAGUUGAGGCGCAUGUUGCUCUCUUCUAUUCCGACCGAGCGGGUCCAAUGGGGGAUGGGAUUGGCUUUUGUUGAAAGACAUGAGGGAGAUGAUAUGGGUGAGGGGGAGAUGCAAAAUACUGCGGAGUUAGAACUUCAUUUCCAAGAUGGGAGGGUCGAAAGCGGGUUUGGACUCGUUGUUGGUGCUGAUGGGGCUUGGAGUCGGCUGAGGUCAUUGUUCACACCCGCCAAACCAAUCUACUCGGGCAAAACCUUCAUCGAAGGUCGUCUGUCCCUGACGAACCCGCAAUACAGCGCCGCACUUGAAAUGGUUGGGGCUGGUAACUCCAUGGCUAUGGGUGCGAGGAGUACACUGUGCAUCCAGCAAACGGCUGAUGGCUCUUAUCGCGUGUAUAUGGGUCUUGUUGCGCCGGAAGAUAGUACCCGGGCUGGUGGUGUGGCCGAUGUGACCGAUACUGACGAGACUCGUGCGGCAAUGCUUGCGCCUGGCGGUUUCUUCGGUGAUUGGGCUUUGCAGUUGCGAGAGUUCGUUGCGGAGGCUGAGGGUCCGUGGCGUGCUUGGCCUCUUUAUCGGCUUGAUCCGGAUACAUUCUUGUCUGGUUCCGAUGGGAAGGACUCUGAGCAAGGGGAUCGAUUUGGAGAUCGGUGGAGACAUGUAUCUGGGGCUACAAUGUUGGGGGAUGCGGCGCAUAUCUCUACGCCGAAUGGGGAGGGAGUUAACCAGGCUAUGUUGGAUGCUUUGGUUUUGUUUGAUUGCAUUGUGGCUGAGGUUGACGGUGGAGUGCUUGAUAUGCUGGCUCUUGAUCGGGCGGUUGUGAAGUAUGAAGCUGAGAUGAGACCUCGGGCUCGGGAUUACAUUCAGCGUUGUAUUGAGGAUGAAGGGUUGUUUUGGGGAGAGGGAGCGGCUUGUCGCUUGGUGGAGAUGUUUAAUGAGGUUAUGAAGCAUGUCGAGGAGUCGAAGUCAGUCUGA